AGCAGGACAUCACAGUUGGUCAUCGUCGAGCAGACUGAAAGAUUGCAAGCAUCAAACAAGAGUAACAAGCCAGUUACAAGGUUAGGUGCAAUUGUGGAAAACAGUAAAUCUCAAGGCAUCAACUAACUUUACAAAGACCAUAGAAGAUAGAUUCUUCAAGUGCGGCAGACCUAAUUAUUCUGCAGAAAUGCAAGCUGUUGGUCAGUGUUCAGUGUGUGCCAGUCGUGCUGCCGGAGGACUACUGCGAAAUCAGACAGACCUGUCACUGCUGCGAACCAACAAGAACGGUCUGAGGAGAGGAGCGGCCUGUAUCCGUUUCAUAAGCAGCAUGAAGCCCGGAGUUCAGAAGUUGGGGGAACGAGUAGAUUCUGAGCACCUGAGCGUAGCGCCUCUGAGAGCUGGCCGGGGGCUUCAUGCUACCCCUUUUGCACAGCAACUGGAAAACCUCUCUCACGACUCCCUGAUCAGAAGAGCUGCCUCAGUAGUGACAGACAGUUCAAGUACUUUCCUCUCCCAGACCUCCCUGGCUCUAAUAAAUGCCCUGGCAGACUACUCAAAGGCUGUGCACAUGCGCAUUGCUGUCCAAAGACGGUAUUUAGCCGCACUUGGAAAACUGACCCCAGCAGAGAAAGAUUCGUUCUUGGAGGUGAUCAAUAGUCAGCGUGCAAAGGCUAGUGACAGACUACAUGAAUGCAAACGCAUUGAGUUAACCUGGAUCAAUGCUGUCAACUUGUGUAAAAUGGCAGCCGAGGCAGCACACUCCUCGGGUGCCGAGCAGGCGUCCAUCACAGUGGGGACAAACAUCCAGGUGGCCCAGUCCCAGGUGGGGGAAGCUCGGAAACUGUCAGCGGAUGCAGAGAAGAAGUUGGCGGAGACUAAAGUGGAAGAGAUCCAACGGAUGGCAGAAUACACUGCCUUCAUAGAGAAUGGCGAGGAGCAUGAGGUGCAUGAGGCGUAUCUACGAGAGGACUAAGAAUAAAAGAAGUACUCUUCUUGUUGCGUUAAUUACAUUGAGUAAUGAUGUACCAAUCCUUAUUUAAGACUAUUUAUUUGAUUAAUGGAUGCCAGCUGCCUCUUGAGUCAUGAUUCAGUAACGAUAAUAGACUCUUCAGUAAAUCAUGUGUUGGCUUAUGCAACACCUUGUUCAUUUUCAUUGUUGUGUUGUAGCAGAGACAUAUUUUUUAUAAAGCUUUUGUUUGCAUCAUUGUUUUUUUCUCUGAUCAUAUAAUAGCAAAAAAUUAAAUAUUUUUGAUUUUAUUCAA